AGUAGUUGUGGGGGUGGGGGUUCUCUGUAAUCCCCCUCCUGUUUGUUGACAUGUUCUGAACCGAACUGCAGCCCGCAGGGAUGAAGGCAGAAGGAGAUGUGAGGAACCAGGGCGCUUUAAUCUGAACAGAAUGGCCAGUUUGGGAAUAUCAGAAUCAGCGUCUCUCUAGAUGAUAUUUCACAGAAACAUUUUUUUAAGCUUUCUAAGAGGAGGAGGACUUUGAUCUGCAGUGCCGGGGUUUUCUCUGCGCGCAGUCCCAGCAUCAGGACCCGCGGAGGAGUCUGUGCGCUCUGGCACUACAAAAACCAAAACCAAACCUCCAAACCUCCUCAUGUGUUUGCUCAGGUAUCAGUCUGUGCUCCUCUGCAUGCUGCUGCCCCCCUCCUCCAACCCCUGCGGGAUGAAACCGCUGUAGAACGCGUCGAACCCCGCGCGCGCGCGCAAAUCCCCAUCCCAAAGAUCGUCUCCUGCUGUGAGUUGUCCAGCCUGGAGGGGAGGAAGACAUGGAAGUCCCGGUGAAAACGGCGCUGGCUCUCCUGGUUCUCGCCGUGGCAGCUGCCUUGUGUGCGGAUGUAGAGGAGAGGCUGGUGAGUCACCUGUUGUCACCUGAGCGUUAUAACAAGCUGAUCAGACCAGCCGUCAACAACAGCCAACAGGUCACCAUUUACAUACAGGUGUCUCUGGCCCAGCUCAUUAACGUGAAUGAGCGGGAGCAGAUCAUGACCACCAACUGCUGGCUCACCCAGGGCUGGAAUGAUUACAGGUUAAUGUGGGAUCCUGAUGAGUACGAGGGAAUUAAAAAAAUUCGACUCCCAUCGCAACACAUCUGGCUGCCAGACAUCGUCCUCUAUAACAAUGCUGAUGGGACCUACGAAGUCUCCUUCUACUCCAACGCUGUGGUUUCCAACAAUGGAGAAGUAGCCUGGCUCCCACCGGCCAUCUACAAGUCAGCCUGCAAAAUCGAAGUGCGGGAUUUCCCCUUCGACCAGCAGAACUGCACCCUGAAGUUUCGCUCCUGGACGUACGACCACACGGAAAUCGAUCUCAUCCUCCUCAGCGACUACGCCUCGCGCGACGACUUCAAACCCAGCGGCGAGUGGGACAUCGUCUCUCUGCCCGGACGCAAGAACGAGGACCCCAAUGACAUCAGAUACCUAGACAUCACCUAUGACUUUAUCAUUAAGAGGAAACCUUUGUUCUACACCAUCAACCUGAUCAUUCCCUGUAUCCUCAUCACCUCCCUGGCUAUUCUGGUGUUCUACCUGCCGUCAGACUGCGGUGAGAAGAUGACUCUGUGCAUCUCUGUCCUCCUGGCCCUCACUGUGUUUUUACUGCUUAUCUCCAAGAUAGUCCCACCCACAUCUUUAGCAGUGCCUCUAAUCGGGAAGUAUUUAAUGUUUACAAUGGUGCUGGUCACUUUCUCUAUCGUCACCAGCGUUUGCGUGCUCAACGUGCACCAUCGGUCCCCCAGCACCCACACCAUGCCGCCUUGGGUCAAACGCGUCUUCCUGCACCGGCUUCCCUCCUUCCUCUUCAUGCGAAGGCCCGGCAGCUCAAAUAUCCGCGAGCGGUUCAGGAAAAAGCACCAGAAGCAGAAGUAUUCCGACCAGAGGCUGUGCGGCACAGAGGGCGGGUCGGGAGGCUCCGCGGGAGUGGCCGACUCCUCCUCGUCCUUCUUUGUCAACGAGGAGUCCGCCAAACGCUACGGCUGGAGGAUGAGCGACUCGUUGGAGAGCAGAGACCUGAGGAGGAGGAUGACGCUSAAGAGCAAUAUCGACGUGGAGGAUGCGGUGGACGGAGUGCGCUACAUCGCUGACAAGAUGAAGAGUGAGGAUGAUGACGAGGGGAUCAUUGAAGACUGGAAAUAUGUGGCGAUGGUGAUCGACCGUCUUUUCCUGUGGAUCUUCAUCUGUGUGUGUGUCAUCGGCACCGCUGGGCUUUUCAUGCAGCCUCUGUUUGAGAGUUACAACACCCCGAUUGUUGACGACGUGGAGCGCAACUGAAGCUGAUCCUGAACUUUUGCACUUGACAAGAUGCUAAAAUAAAACUUUACAUUCUAGACAAAACAAAUAAAAAAAAAAACAUUUGAUAACCUUUUUAAUAUAUAAAAUUUUGCACCAUUACAGAAGACAAUCACCAAAUUCAUCCUUCUUCCUUCACCAGGUCUCUGUUGAGCUUCUGCUUUUCCCRUUCAGUCCUGGAAAUGAUACAAAAAUCCCCAAAUAACCUUAAAAGAAACAAGAAAGAGGGAGAAAAUAUGUACAAAAAGCUGUCUGAUAUGGAAUAAUUAACAGCUAUGGACUAAUUGCUUUGAGUAAACAUAACAUGAGCCAAGUGAUGUUUAAUCUCACACACGAGCUGAAAAAACAUCAUUUAGUAACAGUUUGUUUGAACUCUGGGACUGAGAUGCAUUUCAAGUUUUCCGCAUUUAAUGCAAAACAUCUGUACAUGAAAGUAUUUCAGCUGUUGUCACUGGUGAUAAAAACUGACCAACAAAAACUCAGGAUAUACAUGUUUUUUUAACAACAUUACGGUCACAUCUACCAUCCCGUCUUUCCUUCUGCAUCUGAAUUCAGUUCUAAAAGCAAUAGGAAAACUUAUCUGGGACGAACGCUUCAGUCACUGUUUUUAUGACAAAGAAAAUUUGUAGUGGAAAAGAUGGACUGACCCCCCCUCAAAAUAAAUAAAUAAAAUAAGUGCUGCCUUUGCAUGCUAUGGUUGGAAACAAAGAUCUUAUGUGAUCUGUUAGCACUCAGAGUUAACGUUAAGGAUGACUCUCAGCUACUUACRCACUGCAUAGUAGCUCAGUAUUGAAAGAUGGACUUGUUUGUAUUAAUUUUGUCUUUACAGUGGUUAAUUAUGUGGUGGCCAUCUUAAUUUGGGCUGACCAGUUGCAGCCAGUGAUUACAUUGAGCCUUUUGUUAAACUGGGUUCAGCUGUUCAUGAGAUAUGUUUGCCUGAUUUCCUACCACCAUGAAAAUAUAASGUUGGCCUCACAUCACUGAUGCACCGAUGAAAAGAAUAAACCAUUUUGUGAUGAUGA